GAAAAUGCCGGCUGCAUCGCGGCUCCUUAACGGGCUGCUCAGUUGCAACACGUCGUCUAGACAAGCGCCUCCCCGCUUGGGCACCCAGGAGCAGUGAAGUGGUGAUGAGUCCAGCUGCAAAUGAAGCAGUCGGCACUGCUGGCUUCGCACACGCGACUGCUGCCCCGCACCUGACCAGGCUAGACACGCAGCAGAUUGUGGCUGAGGCCAGGCAGUCAAGGGCAGCUUGCAUUGUGCUGGACGCAAGCAAUGCCAGCGCAAAUCCCGUGAAAGCGAGUCAGAAGUGGCAAAGAAGAGUAUUCGGCUGUUUGUGCCGGGCCCCUCGACCGCACAACGACAACGUCGUUCCUGCAGCGAGCUUCGAUGGAUUAUUGCUUGCGGUGACUGCCGAUGGCCAGGCGCUUUCGCCUGAGUCAUUCGCGCUGAAGCAGGACAAAGCUUUGCAGCAGACGGUGACCCUCGCCGCCAGGUUCGCGUUGCUGGGCCAAAGCUACGCUUCGGAGCUGCCACAGGCCCCGACGCUGCUUGGACAACAAUGCAGUCGGGUGCUGGUGCGGGCUGUGCUGUUUGCUGCCGCCAGCACCGCCGACGUCGCGGCCCUGCGGCCCGCCCGACCCGCCGUGCUGCUGAGCUUUCUGCCGACGUCCAGCCACCCCGCUCUGCUGCUCCCUGCACACCCGCACCCCUACGGCAUGGCAUUCACGCAAGCGCCGACACUGGCCAGCAUUCACGCAAGCGCCAGCAGCUGCCCGCGUGCACUGCUGGCGGCGCCGCGCGCCGCCGCCGACGCCGACGGCGCCGCGCUGCUGGCAGCGCCGCCGCUGCUGGCGGUUAACGGCGUGUACUGCGCCGUCACGGUUCUGCAGAUUCCUGGCGACGUGCUUUACCAGAACCCCCGGUCACUGGCUUUCUUUGGUGACCUGACGGGGCAAGACGCCAAGGGGCGCAACCUGGGCAUCCUGCUGCUGCAGGCGCUGCUGCAGUGCCGCGAGCAGCAGGGCGGCGGCGGCGGCGGUGGCGGCGGCGCCGCCGCGGCUGAUGGAUUCAGUGGCGGCGGCAAUAGGAGCUCAGUCUGCCAAGGGCAGGCGGGAAGCGACGGCAGCGCCGCCGCUGCCGCCGCCUACGCUCCGCAGCUGCAGCCGCAGCAGCACCAGCGGGGCACGCCGCCGGCGGCUGUAGCAGCCGAUGGGCCGCGAGUGGUGGGAGGUGCCGCCGCCGUCGCGUCACAGCGGGCCAACUGGGCCGACGGGGCCGACGGGGCGAGGGCACCAGCAGUGACAGGCCGCCUCCGGGACCUCAUUGAUACGCUGCGUGCGGGGGAGGAGUUUGAGAUUGUGGUGCAAGUGCCUGAGCCCAUGAACGACCUGGCGGCGGUGCUUGAGGCCGCCGCCGGCGGCAGCUGCUAUGACAGCUGCGGCGGGGCCGCGGCACGGAGGGCGGCAGGCGGCGACGCCAAGCCACACGGUGCCGGCGGCGGCUUGACGGCGGCUGGAGGGGCAGCAGGCGAUGGCGGCGUGCGGGGUGUGCCUGCCUCGCUUGCGGCGGCGUAUCGGGGCCGUGCGACGGGCGGUGCCAGCGGCGGCUGGCUGGCUGGCUACACGCAGGGUAGCGCGGGGCGUAGGAUGUCUGGGGGCGAGGCGGCGGCUGCUAGCGGCGUACCCAGUUGUGUGUUCCCGGACGCGGAGGAGCGAGCACUGCUUGACGCGCUCCUGCAUUCCGAGCAGCCCUGCACGUCCGCGGCUGCGGCUGCCGGCAGCUCCGCCGCCGCCGCUGCCUCCGGCGGCAGCCCGCCUUCCUUACGGCCCGUCGGCGGCCGCCCGCCGUCAAGCGCCGUCAACGUCCGCCGCCGCCGCCAGCAGCCACGCCGCAGCGUCAGCAGCACCAUGCCCCCGCCGCCGUUGCUGCUGAUGGCGGCGGGUGUGGGGCCGCCGCAGCCGGCAACGCUGGGCGUGCCAAAGCUGCUGGCGGCGCACCUAGAUACGGCAGACAUUGCAAACGACGGCACGUGGCUGGCAUCGGCUGUGGGCAUGGGUGGUGGUGGCGCCAGAGGCGGCCGGGGCGCCGGCGGCAGCGGACAGCAGUGGGGCACCAGUACGACGGGGCCAGGCACGGAGCUUGUAGCGCUGGGGUCAGCCGGCGUCGCAGGGGUUCCACGGCCAGGCUCGGCGGGUGCCGGAGGCGGCGGCUGGAGCUCGGGGAUGGUCCGUAAGGACCAGCCGCAGCUGCUGCUGCUCCCUUACGAGCAGCUCCACAUGCACACGCACGCGCAACCUCAGCAGCACAUGCAAGGGUCGCCCCAUGUCGGCGGCGGCGGCGGCGGCCACAGCCACAGCCGCGCGCGCAGCACGCCCGCAGCCGGUGGCGGCGUGCGGGGCGUGGAGGCGGGCGAGGCGGCUGUGCUCCAGCAGGGCGUGUGCCUCAGCGGUGUGCCGCCAGCGGCGCCGGCUGCUGGCCGCGACGUGGGGAGCGCCUGGGCGGCUCAGGACGAGGUGGGCGGCGGGCGUGACGCAGAUGACGAUGCCGUUGACACUGCGGCCGACGCGGCUGCAGCACCAGCCUCGUGUACAGGCGCCGGAGACGGCGGCGGCAGUAGCCUUGAAGGUGGCGGCGUCGCCGCCAACUGCAGCAGCCAGCGGAUGCAGCACCUGCAGCUCGGGACACACGAGCUUACGCCGCCGUCAGCAGUCUCAGUGCCCCAGGUGACGGCCACGACGCUCAGCAGCGGCGCCGGCGGCACCGCCAGGGCCAGUAGUCGAGGCGUCAGUGGCGGCGUCAUCAGUGGCGGCGGCGCCGGCGGCUCGGCUAUUGAACAUUCCCUCCACACCGCCACCACCGGCGACACCGCCGGCAGCGGCGCCCUGGCCUUUCCCAUACCUCUGUUUGAGCUGACGUCCCUUGCGGACAGCGGACAGGUGGACAGCGGCCAGGUGGACAGCGACGAGGAGUCGAACUGGGCCAUCGCCAGCGGCGGCACCGGCCUGCUGGCGGCGCCGCGGCCGCCGUCGGCGCCGCUGCUGCUGCCCACCGAGGCCGCCGCCGCCGCCGCCACGCAGCAAGCAGUGUUGAUGCGCCCCGCUCGCGUGGUCCGGCGCACCGCUGGUGGCGGCACGGAGGACACCGACGGCAGUGGCGUCUCAUCGACGUCGCUACUGCCACCCGACACGCAACACGAGCAACCUGCUGCAGCUGCAGCUACAGGUACAGCAGCUGCCGGUCAUGGUGCUGUGGAGGGCGACAACGACGGCGCCGGCGCGGAGCAGGCGCAGUUGUCGUCGGGUCGUGCACAUCGGCCGGCGUCGGCGCCGGCGCGGGAUGUGCUGCAGCCGCCGCCCUUGCCGAGGCAGCUGGCGGCGGCGGCAGCGCUUGUGAACGUCAGCAUCACUGGUGCAAUGGCGCCUAGCAGAGGACUGUCCUCGCCCUCAGAUCACCUGUCGCCAUUCACGCGGACGUAUGCGCCUUCAGAGGGCGGCGGGCCAAGCCCGAGGCCCAGCGGCGCCCGCGCAGCUGACAGUGCCGCCGCCGCCGGUACACAGGGGCCGCCGCGAGCUACUGCUGCCCUGCAGGUGGGGCUUCCCGCAGGCGCGGCGGUCAGCGGCGGCGGUGGCAACGGCGGCACCGGCGCCGCCACUGCCACCGGUGACGAUCACAGGGAGGGCCCGGAUACCCAAGGCAAUACUGCCGGGCCCUCUGUUCAUGCGGCAUGCGCAUAUCCAAGCGCCGCAAUCAUGGGCGGCAGCGCUUGGCCCGCGGCCGCACACAACCGCUGGCGGCGUGCCUCAUGCGGCGGCGGCCCACCCCUGGGUCCCAACGGCUCCCCGGGGCCCGGCGGCGGGUCGGCACGCGCUUCUGCCUCCACAUCAGCCGCCGCCAGGGGCCGCGGCAUAUCGGUGGGCGGCGGGCUACUGACGCCGCUGUCGCCGGCGGCGCGGGAUGCGGCGCCCGCCAGCGGAGCGUUACAGCGGCUGAUGGAGGAGGCGCUGGCGGCGGCGGCGGCGCGGCGGCGGCAGGCGGCGCUGGGGCGGUCCAGCAGCCAGAUGUCCCUCUCGCUGGCGCUGCCGUCGCAGCUGUGUGCGGGCUCCAUCCGUGCCGGCUCGGUGGGUAUGGCCUCGCCGUGGGACACGCCCAUAUCGUUUGCGGGUUGCGACAGCUCCAACCCUACUGCUACAGCCCAUCUGGCAGCAGCAGUAGCCACGGGCAAUACUGCAGCCGACGGCGGCGGCUUGAGCUAUGCUAUUGUCGGCGGCGGCAGUAGCAACCACACAGGCACGGGUGUAGGCGAGGGUUGGGCGUCGAGCGCAGCCGCGGCGUCGUUGGACCGCGGCAGUAGCGUCAGCGCUGCCGCCGAAGCCGCUGCGUACGCCUUUGGCCUUGUGGACCCGGCCAUUGUGAACGGCGGCACGGGCGGCGCAGCAGGCGGCGGCGACCCCCAGCAGGCGUCCACGUGCGGCGGGCGGCGGGUGCACUGCCUGCUGGGUGUCGGCAGCGGCGGCGGCGGCGGCGACAAUAGCCGUGGUGACGGCCGCGGCAGCUCCUCGCGCCUGGGUGCACAGGCGGCGCAGCAGCUGCUGCGGCUGGGCAGCGGCGGCUGCCAGCAGCUGCCUCACUCUCACGUGGCGGCGGCGGCCGGCACCAGCACACCACCACCCGCGUCCGCGCUGAUGCCUUUUGAGCCGGUGACCGCAGCAGAGGAGCCGCCUCGGCCGCUGGUCACCGGGCAGCCGCUCCGCUGCUGGUCCAGCCUGCCCGCAGAAGGCAUCAGCGACCUCGCGGCCCUAGCCGCAUCCAUGCGCAAUGGCGGCGGCGGCGGCGGCGCCAGCGGCGGCGCAGGUGGCGGCGCCGUCAUGGCCUCAGCAACCAUCAGUGCGCAAACGGUCGUGGGUGCUGACCGCUACGGGCACAUUAGCGCGGCCAGCACUACUGCUACUGCUGCUGCUGCUUCCGCUGCAGCGGCGGCGGCGGGUGCAGCAGAGCAGCAGGGCAGCACUGGCGUGGGGUUCAUUUCACCCGCCACACCUGCUGACGAGCUCUCCACCAGCUCCGCGGCGGCCAUCCUCAUGCGUGCAGGCUCCGCCGCCUCCGCGGCGUCGUGUGCAGGCGGCUCCGACGACGCCUCCCUGCCGAUGCUGUUCAUGACGCCGGGCCUGGCGGCCGCGGCUGCGGCGCCGCCGCCGCCGACACUGCACCAACAGCACCAGCAGCAGGUGCCGCAGGUGCCGCAGGUGCCGCAACAGCAGGCGCCACUGGCGGUGACGGCAGCAGCCGCAGGCCACCCGCUGCUGCUGCCGGCCGCCAUCAUGGGCCGGGCACCCAGCAGGGGGGCGCUGCUGGGCCGCAGGUCCAGCGGCUACGCGCGCGCGCCGGCGCUCCGCACCAUCCCUGACGAUGAACGCGUGUGGCCCGGGUCGCAUGCCAGCGGGGUCGGCGGCGUCGGCGGCGGCAUCGGCGUCGGCGUCGGCGGCGGUGGCGGUGGCGGUGGCGGUGGCGGCCCCGGCAGGGGCGGCGGAAGCAGUGACUCGCUGGGGUGGCUGAUCUCUUCCAGCGGCAGCGCGGUGCCCAAGCUGGCGGUGGCGACGCCGUUUAUCAUCGGCGGCGGCGGCAACGUUGAAGGCGGCGGCGAGCGGGAGGCGGCGUCGGGGUUUGCGUCAGGGCUUACGGAGCACGACCGUGUGGUGCGGGUCAUGCUGACGUCGUUGGCGGAGGAGGGCGGCGUUGCAAGCGGUGGAGUGGCUGGAGUGGCUGGAGUGGCUGGAGUGGCUCCGCAGCUGACGCCGUCAGGGCAGGUGUGCAGUGAGCUCUUCGCGGCCGUGGUGGCGGCGGAGGGCGGCGCAGCCGCCGCCGCCACCGCCGCCGCCGCCGCCGCCGCCGCCGCCGCCGCCGCCAUGAUUGAGGAGCGGUGCAUCCAAGGGGCCGCAGCAGCGGCGGACGCGGCAAUGGCAGUGACUGCUGCCACUGCUGCCACCGCUGCCCCUGCUGCUGCUGCAGCAGCUGCAGCUGCGUCUGUAGCCAUGGUAGGUGUUUCGGACUUUGCAGGCGCUGCUGCGAUUGGUGCCGUAGCCGAAGACGCCGCCGGCAGCAGCAGAAGCAGGCCUGUCGGCGGCGCCAGCAGCAGUGGCAGUGCCCGUGCCGGCAACUCAGCGACGCCAUCUGUCGGCGGCAAGCCGAGUUCGGAGGUGGGGCAGGAGGUUCGCAGCAUCGCGGCGGAGGUGCUGGUGACGGCGCGACGGGCAACGAGUGCCGCCACCGCUGCCGCUGCUGCUGCCCACCGCUCCGACACCGACACCACGACCACUGUGCCGGCGGUGCACCACAACGCGGCUGCUAAUGAGCAGCAUUUAUUCAUGUCGACACAGGGCUUGGAUCUGUUUGUACGGGCCUCAGAACUCGCAAGUGACGCCGGCAGCGUGGGGCCUGCUGUCGCUGCCGGCGGCCGGGCAAGCGGCAGCGGCCGCCACCGGCUGCUGUCGACUGUCGGCGGAAGCGUCGGCAACAAUGAGCAUGCCCAUCACUCAACCGCCAGCAGUGGCGCGGGUGGAGGCGCGGGCGGCGGCGGCAGCCUGAGAUCCGUGCUGCGCCAGCUUGGUAGCCGCGUCGUGGGCGCGAUGCGUGGAGGUGUGAUGAGUGGUGGCGGCGGCGGUGCCGUCAGCGGCGGUUACGACGGUCAGCAACGGGUGUCGCCCACAGCAGCGUCGGCGCUUCCGACGGGGCCCGCGGCGGCGCAGCAUCGGCCCAAUGUUCGCUCCGUCGAUGCGCCACGAACCUCGCGCUUUGAUAAUAUCAGCUCGGGACGCGCCAGCGGCGGCGGCCCUGCUGUCGCCGAUGGCAGCACUGACGGCGGCGGCGCAGCGCCACACUUAGUAGGGACAGCCGCUGCAGCUGCAGCGGCAGUAGCGGUGGCAGCUCUGGCCAACGCGUCACAGCCGCUGCCCAUCCCUGCGCGCGGCGCCGCCAUAUUGCGCAUACAAACCUCUCACGGCGGCGGCGGCGGCGGCGGUGAUGUGCUGUCAGCCGCCAACGGCGACGACGCCAGCAGUGUCGACCUGGAGCGGGAGCUCCUGUUUGACACCGUCAGCAUCCGGGGUGGUGCCGACGGCGAUGACACGGCAGGCUUUGGCAGCAGCAACGCCGCGGGGGCCACCUUUACAACUUCCGGCCCCGGCCUGCUGGGCUUUAGCACCAGCGGCGCCGUCGGCGCGGUUGCCGCUGUCCGGCGGCACGACGACGGCGGGUACGAUGAUGCCGGCGGCGGUGCCGGCGGCGGCAACGCUAGCGGUGGCGAGUACCGCGGCGGUACGCGGACAGACCCGGCCAGCGCCAUCGCUAAGGCGCUCUUCGCCUCCGCCGUCGAUGACUCCACCGCCGGCGCUGCCAACGCGCGUUUGGUGAUGAGCUCGGGCGGCCUGGCCCGCCAGGUGCUGCCCGGCCGCGGCCGCGCCGUCGUCAGCAGCGUCCAGCCGGUAGCAGCCGUCCACCUGCUGGCACCAGACCCGCCGUCCCCGCCGCCGCCGCCGCCAGCGCCGACGCCGACCUUCUCCCACAUGUCCACGGCACAGACGCCGACGUCAACCAUGAUGGGCGGCCGGAUCUUCAUAAGGUCGUCGUACGGCGCCGCACGUGUCCGUACAUCAAUCGACUACGACGCCGCCAUGGCGGCGGCGGCCGCCACCGCUGGUGCCAAUGGCGGCGGCAGCAGUUUGUACGGCGGCGACAGCGCCAAACGGUCUCAGCGCUGUGCGAGCACGUCCCACUGGCAGGAGGGCCGUGGCAUGCUGGCAGGGACAGCGGCGGCGGCACUGCUGGCCGGUGCCGGCAGCAACAGCGGCAGUGGCGGCGGCGGUAUGGUGGCUGCCUCCGUACUUGGAUCGGUAUCGGGCCUGCAGCAGAGCGUUGAGGGCCGCGGCGUGGCCGUCGCGCCAGCCGCCAGCCGCGGUGGAGGCAGUAGCGUGGGGUGCUACAGCCCCAGCAGCGGUGGCGGCGGCGGCAUGCGGCCGCAGACCUCCACGCACAGCUACUACCCUACGGCGGCAAGCCCACACGGCAACAGCGGUUACAGCCACGGCAGUUGGGCGGCAACUGACACCGGAAUAAGCCUGUACGGCACUGGCGGCGCAGCCGGAGGCAUCGGUGGUGGUGGCGGCGGCAGCGGCAGCGGCAGUGGCGGCGGCUUCGUCAGCGGCGUCCGCGGCGGUGCGCGGCCGCACAGCUCCCGGCGCCGCCUGGUGAACACGUCGGACCGUCUGCGCAUGCUUGUGACGUCCCUUACCCAGAUCCAACAGCAGCAGCAACAGCAGCAGCACAUGCUGAUGACGCAGCAGCUGCACACACUCCAGGCCGCACGUGCAAGCACCACCGCUGUGGCCGCGCUCGCCACGCAGACGCCGCUGCACACGCUCGGCGGCAGCCGCCGCCGCGCCGCCAGCGGCACCGUCGCCGUGGCGGCUGCGCUGCCAGCAGUGAUGCCGCAGCCGCCGUCUACGUCCGGCACGCCAAUGCUGCUGCUUUCGUCGGCUACUGCGACUGGCGAAAGCGUAGCGAACAGCACAGCAGGCGGCGCCCAUGCGAGCAGUCACGGCGGCAUUGUCAUUGGCGGCGGCGGCGGCGGCUUCGGCUCCGGCAUUGCACAUGCCGCCGCCGCCGGCAGCGGCAGCGGGUUGUGCUGCAGCAUUGGCGAGACGUCUGCUGCUGUGCCGGCGCCAGCGGCGGUGGGUGGCGCGGCGGCUGGGCUGCCGGCGCCGGCGCCUGCAGACGAUGUUGGGGACCACUUGCCGGCGGCCCGGAUGGUGGCCGUAUCCGCCCGCGAAGCCAGCAGUAGCACGGUGGCUGCCCAGCCCUCGUCUGUGGGCCUGGGGCCGGUCCUUGAUCGCUUCUCGGCAGCCACUGCUGUCGGCUCGCACGCGCCCUGGCAAAGCCAAGUCUUCUCCGCCCCGCCGCCGACUGCUGAGCGCGCGACGGCGGCAGCGGAGCGGCAGGGCUCGGCGGCGCAGCAGGUGAUGGCACCGCCACCGCCGCCGCCGCCACCGCCGCCACCGCCGCGACGCGUGUGGCACAAGGUGCAUGUGGUGCUGAGUUCCGCCGAGGGCGCGGCCGCGGCGGAGCGGGGCGGCCAGCAGGGUGGCGGUGACGAUGACGGCGGCGGCGCGCUGACGCUGACGGUGACCCAGAUCGACGUGACGGAGCAGGUGGAGGCGCAGGCGCGGCUGGCCAAGCUGCUGGAGCAGGAGCACAAGGUGCUGGAGGGCAUAUUCCCGAGGCACGUGAUUGAGUUCAUGACGCUGAGUCAGCUCCAGGAGGCGGCGGCGGCGCUGGCGGCGGAGGAGGCGGCGGCGGCGGCCGGUGGCGGCGCGGCUGGCAGCAGCAGUCUGUUCACCUUCAAGGCGGGCAGCGUGGAGCGCAUGGCCUCGCUGGCCACGUGGCACGAGGGCGUCACCAUCCUGUUUGCAGACAUUGUCGGCUUCACCACCAUGUGCCAGACCACGCCGCCUCUGACAGUCAUGGCGUUCCUGAACCAGCUGUACAGCCGCUUUGACGCCAUGAUUGACAUCUACAAGGUGUACAAGGUGGAGACCAUUGGCGACUGCUACAUGGUGGCGGGCGGGCUGGUCGCUUAUGACGAUGACGGCUACAAGUCCGUCAUCUCGGGCGGCGAGGACCCGCUGCACGCCGUGCGCGUGAUGGAGUUUGCAAAGGCAAUGCAGCGCGCGGCGCGCGGCGUGCGCCGUCCCACAAGUGGUGAGCCGGUGCAGAUGCGCAUCGGCCUGCACAGCGGCCCCGUGACCAGCGGCGUCGUGGGCGACCGCAUGCCGCGCUUCUGCCUGUUUGGCGACACCGUCAACACCGCGAGCCGCAUGGAGUCCACGUGCCGCCCAGGCAGCAUCCACGUCUCCGCGCCCACCCAGGCGCGGCUGCCGAACGAGCCGUGGCGCGACCGCGGCAUGACGGAGGUGAAGGGCAAGGGCCUGAUGCGGACGUGGGAGUGGGCCGGCGACAUGGACGCCCCGUUUGAUGGCGACCAGCUGCAGCGCGUCAUCGGUGUCUACCUGUGAUAUGGUGUGGGUUGGUUGUAAGCUGCCAAAAGCAAAAGUGUUGGCACACACAGAAUGAAUGUUGCCGAGGCCCAACUCGGGUCCACCAAACCCUGCGCGUGUUGCUGCAAUCCCCCCCCCCAGUCGAAGGGCUGGCAACUCCGAGCAGUAAUGCUGUUUGUUUUUGAGCGGCGUGCAACCCUACCGCGUUUGUUUGUGUAUGCCCGUUCAUUGUCUGUGCAUUGUGGGGCGGCCCCAUGCGCGGCGGAUACCAUUACGCGCUCCUGCUAUGUGCCUGCAGUCUGCGUGAGGUCAAGUAAUCAAAUCUUAUCCGUCCCGAAAUGGAGGCGCCAGCACUGAUGCAAAUAGAUUGCACGGUAUGUGCUUGCUUGUGUGCACAGCAUACAUGUUCUUGAUUGAAUAAUGGGGUUGCAAACCAUGCUAGGGCAAGGUGGAAGGAAGAGGGUUUGUGUGCUGUUCGAUGGGUUACGCCGUGUGCACGCAGCAGUGUCGCAGACUCUAUUGCAUGAAACAAAGUUUUUCUUGUAUGUGGAAACGGUAUGGUGCUGAGUAUCGGGAGUUCGCGUAGGUAACGCCGCACACACACGCACACGCACACGCAUGCACGCACGCACGCGCACAUUUCAUCACUAUCGUCUUGAAUUCGGACGCCACGCCUAGGUAGGGGUGCAGUGUGAUGAGUCAUACGGUAGAUUAAUCUGUUGUCUGCAGGAAAGCGCUGAUUAGCGCUGCGCAGGUGCUGUCCAGGCAUGCUGACACAUGCGCGCCAUGGCCGCACGACGGCAUGCGCACGCUGCUGGUGGUCUCCAUGUGCAGGUCCUACAAAUAAAACUCUGUUCAAUGCACAUCCAGCACAUGGCCGUUUCGGUGGCUGCGCACACGCACGCAUCCGCAUUGAGUUCCAGGUAGCUGGAAGCUGAUUAUUGGAUCAGGUUGAGGGGCAAGUAAGCAUGCUGUAUGUCGCUUGCUGACAGCGCGCGGUAACUGUAUUGUUGGGAGGGACCUUGCUGAGACUUGCGGUACUUGAAACGCAAGCGAGGGAUGUGGAGUCCCGGCAAUUAUAUCAUCUACUGCCUACCUAAUAAUACUGCAGACCUGCAGUAGGAGCUGAAUGCGCUUUAUGAAAUUCAUUGCGCCAAUUAUACUGGGGCGCUGUGCUGUUGUUGUGGGUGCUGCGAUGUAGUGCAUGGGGAAUCACAGUGCUUCUGUCUGGCGUGGACACGCGUGUCGUACGAUCACUGGGGGGGGGGCGGCUGGAUGGUCCUCAUUUUCAUUUGCUUUUAUGACUUGAUGAGGCUUAUCUUGCAGUACAGAGAACGGAGACCCCUGGACAAGACAUGGAAACGGCAGAGUUAGUUGGUGAGGGCGUGGUGUGGGCAUGAGCCAGACAGCAGUGCGCGGGCGACAGGCUGGGUUCGGAGAGGGAAGGGCCAAGAGUGCCACAUGACCACUGCUUGAUUGCGAGGAGGAAGUAGAAAAGCAGAGGCAGGUUUCAAGAAUGUCUGCAUUGACAACGAAGGCGGUUGGGUCGCGCUUGGGUCACAGGUCAUCGGCCUUGAGUGUGAUUGUAAUAGAACGCGCUU